CUCCUACGCUGACAAGCGACACUCCCCCCGCUUUUUUGCCUUUUGUUCCGAGGUGGAGCCUGACACCCCGACUUUACCGAACCUGACUGCUGGUGAGGGAGAAGGAGGAGAGAGAACCGGGACCAGCGAACAUUGGCGCGCCUCUGGAACGCAGAUCGAACAGGGAGUCUGACCAGACGUCUUCAGGGAAGGAACCAGCUUACAAAUCGUUCAAACAGAUCCGCACGAAAAGAUGAAUUAUUUUAUCCUCCUGUCGGUUCUGGCCACGGUGGUUACCGGAAAGUCACCUCGCCUGAAAUUUAUUGUUCACGAACCCCCCAGGUUCCACUUCGGCAAGCCUGAGAACUACAUCAGCAUGUACCACCAGGAAGGAAGUGACACGCUUUAUGUCGGCGGCCAGGCAAUGAUCUACGUGUUCACAUUCAGUGAUAAAGGGGUUGUUGACAUGAAGAUCCCAGCGGCAUCGGAUCAGACUGCAAUUGAUACCUGCAAGGCAAAAGCUUCUCCAGAUGAGAUGGAGUGCGACAAUUUCAUCACCGUCCUUCAGAAAGUUAAUGACACAUUCAUAGUUUGUGGGACGAAUGCUGGAAGCCCUAGAUGCUGGAUGCUGGUAAACGACACAGUGCUGACAGACGUCCAAGGCGGUGGGAUGAUAGCGCCAGCCUCUCACAUCUCACCUCCCUACCCUUCGCAGAAGUCAAUCAACUUGCCUGCAGAUGGGAAUCUGUACUCGGCCAUGUCAUCAGUGGGAGGUUUUCCCGGCUCGAUCCGUCGUACAUUUGGCUCCAACAAACUCCUGAAGACGGAAAAUGUUUGGCUGCUGAAUCCUCAGUUUGCUGGAGCAACAAUAAUCCCUGCCUCGGAAAAAUACAAAGAGGAGAUCUAUUUCUUCUUCACGGAGUUCAACAAGACAGCCCGAGUGGAUGAGGAGCCAUACAGGGCCCGCAUAGGUCGAAUCUGCACGGUGGAUGAAGGGGGCAUCAAAGCCCUCCUGCCAGAGUCUUGGACCACCUUUAUGAAGGCUCGGGUGAUGUGUGGUGCAGGCAACACACAGCAGCAGUACAACAACAUGAAGCAGGCUGUGGUCCUGACAGCUCAGGACAAGAGGGCUGGGGUCAUGUAUGGCCUUUUUUCCAACGCAUGGGGAAGAACGGUGGUCUGUGCCUAUUCCAUCGAAGAUAUUGAUCGAGCCUUCUAUAAUUCUAAACUGAAAGGCUACAGCACCCCAUUUGGUGGCAGUCGACCAGGGACGUGUGUACGUAAAAGUUCAUCAGCAGAAACUCAGAACAACAUCAAAAACCUUGGCGUGAUCAGAUACUACCCUGAAAUUGAGGAUGUAAUUCGGCCGGUUGGUGUGAAUCCACUCGACCUCCCCACAGAUGAUCAAAUCACCCAUGCUGUCGCAGAUAUUGUCCUGGCAGUCAAUGAGGAGCAUUACACUGUCCUGUACCUUGGAACAGAUCAAGGCAAAGUUCUCAAGGUUCUUCACACCAUCCAGGAUGUCUUCAUCAUAUCUCAGUAUUCUCUGUUCCACAACGAAGGGCCUGUUCUGAAUAUGGCCAUCGACUCACAAAAGGGUCACUUGUAUGUUGGUACCGCCAUGGAAGUCCAGCGUCUGCCAUUGGCUGACUGCAAGCGCUAUGGCCACACGUGCAGAGAGUGCAUUCUUUCCAGGGAUCCAUACUGUGGCUGGGACAAGGCCAGGAGGAAGUGCAUCGCCAUCCCGCCCGGAUACAACGUCACAACUGGAACUCUUAUUCAGAAUCUGGAUAGUUCCAACUCCUCCAUUUGUGAGGAAGCUGCUGCACUUAAGCUGCGGCAAACUUCGCCCAGAGAGAUUGUGGUGAAAGGAAGAAACACCACCGUGUUUCUGCCCUGCCCCGUUCACUCCUUUCAUGCCACCUAUCGCUGGGAGAAGGACAACUGCAAAAGGAACUACCCGUGCUUGUUCUCCGGAGACUUCUGCGUACUGGGCCCGGUUGUUAACACUCCCUUGAAGGAAGGUGUCUUCCGUUGCAUGGCCACUGAGGACGGAUUCAAGGUGGAAGUUGUUUCCUUCAGGCUGGUGAAUGAUGGCAGGCUCAUAUCUGCUUCAUUUGCCUCCACCUUGGGCCUUUCAGCCCUGCUUGCUGUGUUGACCUUAUGGCUUCAUUAACUAUAGCUAAUACUGAUGCUAUCUUCUCUUUUGUAGUGGCUCCAACUGACAGGAUAAACAAGGAGCCAUUGUGGGAGUUAGGUUCGCAUUGCACCGGCACUCAUGGUUGAGUUGUGCACUGACAACUGAACCUUAUUUUUUAUUUAGGUUUUUAUCAAGAACAUAUUAUUUAAAAAAAAAAAAAACCUAUCCUAUCCACCUUAUUUUUGAACGUGGAACUAAAUGUAGGUCCAGCUUCUGGUUUUUCUGUGACCCUUUCAUUUCUCCACUUUUCCUGGGCUGACUAAACAGCAGCUUAGCUAAACUAGUGAACGUUUUCGUGGGUACAUUUCCUAAAAUUGUUGAACAAUCGAAAUGUCAGGUUAGCACCCUCAAAUGUUUCACAAGUGGGAUGAUGAUAUGAAGAAGUGACCUCAUUUAGCAUAUGAGGACAUUUUUAACAAUUUAGUGUUGUCACUUGGUGCGGAGAUGGCCAGGUGCUCCUGUGUCGCGGGUGAGAGGAAGUCCUGCAGUCAUACAUUGGUGAUAUUAUGGAAGGUAGCCUAAUAAAUUGUCACUUCAGUGCAUGCUGACUUACAAGAUGUGUCUUUGUUGUAAUUAGAUUGCAAAUCAGUUUAAUUUUCUGCAAAACAAAAACCACAUAAAACCAUCAUUUCUAUCACUGCUCAUUUAAAUAAUCAUAUUGCAUUACCACUCUUAAGUAAAAUUUUGAUACGAAUCUGAUACGAGUAACUUCAUUGAAUAGAGAACAAGCAUGUUUACCCAAAGAUGAGGAAGACAAUGAAACACACAGUUAAAAUGAAAGCAAGUUUCAUUUUGUUUGUAAGCUUCUUCUUCUUUUUCUUCCCAUCUUACUGUUGAACUUGUGCCAUUUACAGGUAGUGAAUAGAUAGUAAGGACAGUACUGUAAAGAGCACAGUCACGCAUGUAAUACACAUACAUACAUACAUACAUACAUACAUACAUACAUACAUACAUACAUACAUACAUACAUACAUACAUACAUACAUACAUACAUACAUACAGAUCUAAAUUUGUU